AUGGAUCCGAUCGAGAUGCUGCACGAAUUCCUCUUCUUCGACGCCGACGAAGACACGGCGCCACCAGACGAGCCGGAGCCCUUCUACGACAACAUCACCAGCACCGCAUUUGAGAGCGACACCAUCGACGCUUUCAUCACAGCCUGGGAGGAAGAGGAACGCACUGCGGCACUCGCAGAAGACUUUCCCUGCAAAGCACCAAAAUUCGCAGAAGGCCACCUCGAGCGUCCGAAUUCCGGGACCGCCCAAAUCUACAACGCCGACUCAGUUCCUCCCACAUUUAAACUUUCAGAACCCGUCAAGGAGGCUCCAUACUUUGUUGUAGUGUCAGCUGGCAGUCUGAAGACGAAAUGGGGAGUCCUCAAAGACGAGAAGACGAACGCCGCUCGGCUGGAGAAGAUACAAGAGCCAUGCGGAAUUUGCUUGGAGCCGAACGAGAAGCCCUGCGGACCGAGAUGCGGGCAUCUAUUUUGCUACGAUUGUGUUUCGUUGGUGCUGGAGUCGCAGAUGGAGAGACUAUGCCCGUACUGCAGAGGGGUGAUGGAUUUCGGGAACUUGAUUGAGUACGUUGUUUGUGGAGAGGAGACGAAGGAGGAUUAA